AUGGAUGGCGAUUUGAAUACCUCGGAGGACUCGCUCCAGUUGGCGGCCGACAUGCAUGAACAGAAGCAGCAACACCACCAUCCUGAAAACUUAGAUACAGACUCUAAGCUUGAUGAAUGUCCGAAGACAAAUCUUUUACAGCUUCCUGCUGAAUUGCUUCACCAGAUUCUGUCGUACCUGUCGGCGACGGAUCUGGCCCAAGUGUCAGGAGCCUGCCGUUCCCUCGCCGAACAUGCAGCGAACGAUCUCCUGUGGGCAGAUCUGGUCAAUGUCCAUUUGCCAUUCAAGAUCCACGAGCCGAGCCCUUUUGACUCGUUUCGCAACCUCUACGCGGCUUACCACCCGUGCUGGUUCAUCCCACAGCAUAAAAUCUGGUUUUCGGACACGGAGCAUACAGGCAACCUAAUAUUGGCGCGAUAUGAUCCAAGGAGAGGAGUCAUUGAGGCAUAUCGGGUUAUUGCCGAAAGACAUAGUCGUCCAUUUCAAGUCUGGGAAUCGAAUCCGGAUGUCAUGGUCCAACCCUUUGAUCCCAAGGUUAGUCUUUGGUUGGAUGACCCAGUUCUCCUCCUGAAGAACAACCAAGGCCGUCUGCCGCGAUAUUUGCACGGCGAGACUCGCAUGCCAAUGGCGAUAGAAACACAACAUGUCUUCAAUGCUUUCUCGUUGUGCUCUUCUGAAUCACCCCCGAACCUGCCAGUAGAUCCUAACAAGCUGUGGCCCCCACCAACCAUUCCUAGUGAACAUCGUGUCUACCGGGAUAUGGAAGCCCAGUGGUCGGACUGGGACCAGCAUCCGCGAUGUCUAGCAAAUAUGUCAGAACAUGCGUUCCGGAUUCGACGCUGGGCACAUUUCCGGCUCGGGAUGCCUAUGUUUACCGCCGGCCGGAGCGAAACACUGUCGACUUAUGCUACACUGGACCCCCGCCUGUAUACUCCGACGAGGGAAAAACCGUAUCAGGGCAUUUGGGUCGGUGACUACUCUGCUCAUGGGUGCGAGUUUUUGCUUUUCCUACAACGAGACCAGGAUGAGGAACCGUCCAGCUCCUCUGACGAACCAGAACUCGGUCCCGACGAAAUCGUUCAGAAGGGCAGCCUUGAGGCAAUCAAGCUCACAGGAGACCCGAAUGUUCCUCGGGGCCAGAAAUCUUUUGUUGCCCCUGACAUUGGCCCAGGAGGUGUGGUUCGUGUCGCGGAAGAGGCCCCGUUCCGAGGAUGCAGGAUUGUCCGGAGCAAAGGCCAUGUGGCAGGUCUCGGGUUCAGAGAUGAAUCUGAGUUGGGUAUGGUAUGUCCGACGCAUCAACUCCAACAACGAGCAUGCAAACAGGCCGCAGUGAAAAACAUCCAAAAUCGUGGACCGCCCGUCACCCCUCCAUCGUACAUCUGCGAUUCUGAGCCCUCCACACCAACCACCAUCGAGCCACAAUCACCGCUUGCGUUCGAAGUAACUCGUGGACGCCAGGACAGCCACCGACUGAUCCAUGACCCACUCGCCGACGCCGAGAUAGUUAUCGAUCCAUUUCUUAAAGUCCUUGUUAUUGGUGAUCUUGUCGGAGUCGAGACUGGGGCUGUGAGAACCCCACGCGGCCCGGACCAGGGCGCGGGGUGA